AGAUUUCCUGCACGGCUGCACGGCAAAUCCACUCUCUUGUUGUAUGCGAUUUGUAUGCGAUUCCUGUAACUCCCCCGGUUGUAUUAGCAGGACGACUUUGGAUCUUUGGUGAAAGGUAUCACAGCAGUCAACGAAAUCUUACAAAACAAAAAGUUCCUGAAGCCAUAGUGGGCAAGAAAGGUGUGACUGGAAUACCCACUGUACCCUACCGUAAGAGCAUGAGCGACGACAAGACGGCUGCUACCACGGCAGGGGGCAACAACCUCCUCACCGUCACUGUUGUGGCGCCGGUUGCCUUGGCUGUGGUGGCCCCCAUUUGGUACAAGUUUGUAGCGGAUGAUGGCCAAAGAGAUACGAUUUUGGCCAUUUUGGUCCAACAUGGCGUUCCCGCGGAGUGCUUCGGAAGCAGUCUUCCUACCAGUGGCUGUAUCAAUGAAUCGUUUCCUUGGUUAAUUGUAUCCAUCGUCGCGUUGAUGGUUGUCUACACUAUCAAGACAUUCUUCUUCGACAAGCCAUCCGAGGCAAUAAUGGAGAUUGUUGAACAAGAAUUUGACAAGCGCCACGAUGUCUUGAAAGGUCUCCUGAAAGAGUUGGAAGACGGCUUUGUCAAGGACGAGGAUGACGUCGAUAUUGAACUCUUCAACAGCGAAGUGGUGUGGGAGAAAGUCAAACAGCUUAUUGAGUUGCCCAACUACGAUAAGAAACUCGCCACGGAAGCUUUCAACUGGUUGUGGAUUGUGCUCGACAAAGAUCUACGAGUCACAAUCAAGCUCACCAAAGAAGGUGAAGAUGUCAAGUAUUCAAACGGCAAUGAACUGGAGGAACUUGUGGAAAACUUUGAUGAUUUGAUUAUGAAGGCCUAUGAUCAAGGCUUUGCCCCCAAAGGAGAAGAAAGAAAGAAGCUUUACAAGUACAAAUGGGAAGCAAUCUAUUACCUCAAGAUUCACGGACUCAAGACGCUAGCAAAGGCCUUCAAAAUGGCGGUGAUGGCCAAAAAAGCAUUUCCUUUCCUUAUUUUUCAGACCGUUGGAACCACAUUCACUGCAACGUUGGCGCCCCUCAAGCUACACUACCGUGCCCAAGUGCUCGAGAAUCUAAACGAUACAGAAGGGGCACUGUUUUGGGAGGCCUCCAAGGCAAUGAUUCUGGUUGAAUUGCUCUCAACUGUGCUAGAGCUUGUGACAGAUAUGGUGAAAGUACAUGCUGAAACUCUGGCCAACAAGGAGAUUCAAAUUGCGUAUUUCGAUGGACUCUUGAAGAUGCCUGUUACGUUCUGGUCAAGGCAAGCCGAAAUGGGUUGGGAGAGAAUGGGUUUCUGGGAUGUCUACAGUUUUGGUCGCUCCAUUACCAGAUUCUUGGCAAUUCCCCAGAAGGUCCUUCAAGAUCUUGUGAAGGCUGUAACAUACGCGUACUUGAUCCUUCACUCGUCGUCGCGAUCACUUUUCCUGUUGCUUGGGGUGAACUUUGGAUCCGCCAUCCUCUCUUGGAUUCUAGACAAAAUUGCAAAACGGCUGGAUACAUUGAGCCAAAGCGGUGUAAUGAAGCCACAGUUCGACGACGUCAAGUCUUGCUAUUACUCCCUUGAGCCAGACUACAUUUCUACUUAUCUUUCGUUUGUGCGAGGACCAAAGGAAUUGAAAAGAUUCAACAAAUAUAAGAUUGGCGAAGCUGAGAUUGAAAAACGCAGCAACUUGGUCAAGGCGUUCAGCAAUCCCAUCUCGGCCAUGCUCGCCCAAGGGUCGCAAGUUGCUCAGUUCUCAACCGCACGAACCAACGUUACCCAGGAUGGGUUGGGGAUUGCUGAUGCCGAUACGAUGGUUCGAUCGGCUGAAAACUUUGUGGAGCAGUCCCAGUCCAUUGGGAGCAUCUUUGGCGAUAUAUUUGAAAAAGCCAAGCCGCUGGGGAAGGCAUACGACAUCAUCACCCUUCCAAGGACAAUUGAUCCAGACACGGGUUUGUGGCCCAAAGAGAGGGCAAAGGGUCAGAUCGAGUUCAAAGAUGUUCGUUUUAAAUACCCCAGACGGGAUGCUGAAGUAUUGAAAGGUGUUACAUUCUCAGUUCAGCCCGGUGACACGAUCGGAAUGACUGGCUCUGCGGGUUGCGGCAAGAGCACUUGCAUGAGGUUGCUGGAGAGGUUUUACGACGUGUCAGCGGGGAGUGUUCUCCUUGACGGAGUGGAUAUCCGCGAAUACAACCCCAGAUGGCUGCGAAGUCAGAUUGCUACGGUUGCACAGGAACCAAAGUUGGUGCCCCUAACACUCCGCGAGAAUCUUACGUUUGGCUGUGAAAAGGAGCCAUCUCUAGAAGAGAUCCACGACGCUCUCAAAGCCGCAAACAUUUAUGAUUCGAUUAUGGACAAAACCAAGUUCCCUCAGGGGUUGCGUACGGAGAUUGAAUCUGCGGGCAAUGUCUCGGGCGGAGAAAAGCAGCGAAUUGCAAUUGCGCGAGCGAUUCUGGCUGACCCCCCCAUUUUGCUCCUUGACGAAGCCACGAGUGCCCUUGACGAAGAGAAUCAAGCCAAGGUACAAGAUGCUCUGGAUGUGCUCAUGAAAGGCCGCACAACCAUGGUGAUUGCACACCGCCUCUCCACAAUCAAGGAGUCCAGCAAGAUUGUAGCAUUUGAUAAGGGCAAAGUUUUUGAAGAAGGAACUCACGAUGAACUCCUCGAAAAGGAAGGAUCACUCUAUCGCAAACUCUGGGAUAGGCAACUUUCGAAGCGACACGGAGACAACGAAGACGAAGAGAAAGAACAGGAGGAGGAGGAGGUCGAGCCAUUCCCUGUUGAGGCUGGUAUGAACCCCAAGCCAACCGGACUUCGUCGACUGCAAAACAUCCUCCAUGGUAUGCCCGAUUCAGACCCGACCAAGAAGGAGAUGAAGCAGAUCUGCGAAAUGCUGGAGACCGAACAGCAGAGUCGUGAAAUUCGCCGUCGUGGAAUCCAGAGAGCCGCCGUCAAUAAGUGGAAGCAGCACAUGAUGGCCGAAGAUGCGACAACCAGUGCUGGAACGAAGAACUUUAAGCGCUUGGCCAACAAGGUGGUGUUCAAGAAUAUGCAUUCGAGUGUGAGCGAGAAGCUGGAAGACUUGGAAAGCAAAAAGGCAUAAGGCAGAAUUGGAUUCCCCUUAUACCGACUAUUGGAAUUUCUCUCCAUCAUCACUCCC